AAAAUGUUGGUUUAAGUUUCGCCGUCACCACUCAAAACAAUGAAUUUUCUUCAUCUCCUUCUCCUAUAAUAAAACAGCGACUCUAUCUUCUCAACAAGAGUCACCUAAAUCAACAAAAAUGAACGCCCAAUUUAGCUUAUAAAGCUAAAUUAUAUCCAAUAAUCUGAAAAAUUAUUCAUUCAAUUCGGUGAUGCUUGGAGUAUUCUGUGCACGUCCUAAGCCUUGGCUCUUUGCAUCACUCUGUUUAUCUCACGCCCACGGCUCAGCGCCAUCGGGCUAUAGCAGACUCAUUACUAGUCCUACAAAAUCAGUAUUAGUCGGAUUAGAUCAGUUACAGAGUCGACAUCAUUCUAGUCAUUGUGUUAUUGGAGCAUCUUUAAAUCGAGGUGGUGCUGCCUCAAUAUGGCAUGCGAUUCUACCUGCUGGGAGGAGAAAUAAGGAUGUAAAGCGGCGUAAUAAUAAUAAUAACAAUAAUAAUACGGUGUUUCAUCAUCACCAUCAUUAUGAGCUUGCUAAGAAAGGUGAAGGGUCUUGGAAUGUGGCUUGGGAUUCUAGACCAGCGAGAUGGUUACAUAAUCCUGAUUCUGCUUGGCUAUUGUUUGGUGUUUGCUCGUGUUUAGCAGCGCCAUCUAUUGAUCUGCAGGACGUCAAUUCUGAUGUAGCUGUUUCGACUGAUAAGAAGUCUGUAAAUUUAGAUGACGGUGAUCAGAACUCUGCUAACUAUAGAGUCACUGGGGUUCCGGCGGAUGGGAGAUGUCUAUUUAGAGCGAUAGCACACAUGGCUUGUUUGAGAAAUGGGGAGGAAGCACCUGAUGAGAAUCGACAGAGAGAACUUGCUGAUGAAUUAAGAGCUCAGGUUGUUGACGAGCUGUUAAAGAGGCGAAAAGAAGCUGAAUGGUUUAUUGAAGGGGAUUUUGAUGCAUACGUAAAAAGAAUUGAAAAGCCAUAUGUGUGGGGAGGUGAACCAGAGCUACUAAUGGCUUCUCAUGUUCUCAAGUCCUCGAUUUCUGUCUAUAUGGUAGAUAGAAGCUCUGGCAGUUUAAUCAAUAUAUCAAAUUAUGGCGAAGAAUAUAGGAAGGAGGGGGAGAGUCCGAUUAAUGUCCUGUUUCAUGGUUAUGGUCACUAUGACAUAUUGGAGACAAUUUCAAAGAAGGUUCACCAGAAAUUAGAAGAAUAAAAGCAGGGUAUGAUGCCCUUAGAGACAUAGUCUUGAUUAAAUUUUCAUAAAAGGUAGUUAGCAACGACGAUCAAUUUAAAUUGAUAAGAAGUUCAGUUAUCCCAUUAACAAACAUCUUCUUUCAGGUGCAGUCAAUUUGUUGAGAUGACGUUUUCCUAAAAAGCUUGUUUUAAUUUUGUAGAUUCUCUUGUUGCCUUGUCCAGGAUGUUAGUUGAAGAAAUUAGAGUCAGUCCUCAGUAUUUAUUAAUUACCUGAUAAUUCUGGAUGUACUUGGAGUUUGGCUCCAGACUGAAUGUUGAUUUAUUAAUAAUGUGCAGCAAUGGAAAUAUGACACUGAAUUCUCUGAA